AUGGAAGUCGACCAAGAAGAGCGAGAACCACCACAAGAGAUUGUGGAGCUAGAUGCAGAGACGUUUGUGUAUGAGGGCCACGAGUACAACACUACAAGCAGCCUGAAGAUUCUUCGAGACCUUUGUCGCGAGUUUGGUGUUGUUACAACUGGCAGCAAGAAGCAGAUCUUGAAGAGACUUUCUCCUGCAGCGCAUGAACGUGAAGCCGAACAUGGACUUUUAGCUAGCCAGAAGCAGUUCGAGCAAGAAGUUGCGCCACUGUUGCGCCCCCGCAGCGAGAAGCCAGACCAGCGAGAAGUGGAUCUUCACAGCCUCACACAUUUGAGGUUUGCACCGUGGUGUGAGUACUGUGUGUCAAUGAGAGCGAAGGAGAAUGCCCGCAAGAAGAGCGAACUUGUUCGAGCACCACAAGAAGAAGCAAGGAAAUCCGCCAUCGCCUCCGACUUCUGUUACACAGCAACUAGUACCUCAGAAGCACCGAGCAUGGUUGCACUCAUUGCAUGCGAUGCCUGGAGCAAGAGACAGAUUGUGGACGCCGGGUGUCUUCCUGGGAAAGACCGAGAGCAAGAUGGCAUCCACGUAGCAAGAAGUGCGCGGUCCCUUGGAGAGACCUACAGCGCGAAGGCGAUCGAGAACGUGAAGGUUGAGAAGCCAGCAGUCGUUGUUCCUAGUCUUGUUGACGGUGAAGAAAGAAAGCAACUUGAAGACGCACUUGCCGACGAAGCAGCGUCGGAUCCACCUUCGGACCCGGAGCAAGAAACUUCUCAUCUUGUUCCAGACGACACUUUGUUGUCAGAGCUUCGACGUGAGCAAGAAGUUGCAGACACCGAGGUCACAGAGCCCACUGCGAUUCCUCUUGCCGGAAGAGAAGAGAGACCUGACUUUGAAGAGGUCGGUUCACCGUCGAAGAUGGCAAAGAGAACAGUUGGUUUGGUUUCAGUUUUCCGUGCAGAGAACUUUCCGGACAACGACGAGCACUCAGACGACGAAGCAUGGCUUGGAGAUGAAGAAUAUGAAGCUGGAAGCGAAGGAGAGAGCGACUGGGACCUCGAACCCAGCGAGAAGCAAGAACAGCCUGUUCGUGUCCUACCUCAAGAGUUUUUCAACGAGGAAGCAGGACUACCGCAGGUCAGCGAAGAGCAGCUGGAAGAGAUCGACGAUGAAGCGGUGGACAAAGAAGUGACAAGACUCACCAAGAUGCAGGUGACCGAAGAAGUUGACCUCCAGAGAGUGUGGCAGCGAAGAGCGAGACUCGUCGCUCGUGAGUACAACAACUCGAAGCGAGAAGACAUUUUCAGCCCGGCAACCUCUCCAAGCAUCACAAAGUUGAUUCCCAUGUUGGCCUUGAUCAAUGGCUGGUCAAUUUGGAGCCUUGGUAUCAAGGACGCUUUCCUGCAGGUGCCACAGAAGCGAGCAGUGAAGUGCAAAGUGCCACGCGGGAAAGGAAGCAGCGCAGUUUCAGAGAAGCAAGAAAAGGCAUGGAGGUUGAAGAGAGUUUGCCUGGGCAGCGAGAUGCAAGUUUACUUUGGAGCGAUUUUUGCAGUGAUCUUUUGCAACAAGAAGGUUUUGAGAGGAGACGUUUCUCCAGUCCUCAAGAAUCUUGGAGCAAGAGUGAAGCUUCAGAUCGAAGGACCGUUCCUCACACAGGACGACUACAACCGUGGUUGGAGCGAGAACACAGUGCGUUUUCUCAAGAGAAAGUUUUGCUACGAUUCUGGGAGACUUUUCGUGCGCCCUGACGGGAAGUACGUGACCAAGUUGCUUGCGUUGCUCAACCUGGGCAACAGAAAAGAGAAAGCAUCGCCAGCGCCUGGAAAUGUUUCAGAGGUAGACAGCAGCCAGGAACUACCAGAACACGAAGCAAGCACUUACAGGAGUUGCGUUGGUAUCCUCCUUUACAUUGCUCAAGAUCGACUUGAUAUACAAUUUGCAGUGAGAAGUUUGAGCACUGGCAUGAAGUCACCAACCAAGAAGAAGCAGCGAGAACUUGUACACUGUGCUUUGUAUUUGAAGAAGACAGCAGACUACUCCGUGUGCUACAGCCCAAAAGCAGCAGGAACCUCAGCACUCCACCGACACCCUUAA